AUAUAGUUUGUAGGUAUUUAUAUCAAAUCGCUAGUAAAGCACCUGUGUAUAUACCAUAAGAUGCCGACGAGUCGAAUUUAAAUGAUUUUUGUAUUAAGUAGAUCUAUGAUGUUUAAGUUCCAUGUCAGGUGUCCCAAUUUCGACAUUCAAAGGAGUCAGCGCAGGAAUUAAAUAAAGGGAUAUUCAAAACAUGGAGGCUGCUGGUGCGUACGGUGGAGGAAAAGCCGGUGGAGUUUUCGAUCCAAUUUCGUUCAUUCAAAGACCUCAGGUGAUACUUCGUGUAGUAUGCUGGCUGUUUUCCAUAAUAGUAUUUGGUUGUAUAUCAUCCCAAGGUUGGAAAAUUGACGCGACAAGUAAAAAACACCUUUGUCUCUACAACGACGAUGCAAACGCAUGUAAUUACGGUGUCGGUAUAAGUGUUAUAGCAUUUUUAGCAAGCAUGGGAUUACUUGUCGGAGAAUAUCUAUUCGAACAGAUGUCAUCGGUUAAAACUAGGAAACACUUCGUUUUGGGCGACCUAGGCUUUUCAAGUUUUUGGGCUUUCCUCUACUUUGUAGGGUUUUGGUACCUAGCAAGUCAGUGGGGAAAAUCAGAGCCUCCUCCAUUUGGUGUUGGAGUAAAUAACGUACAGGCUGCCAUUGCUUUCUCAUUUUUUUCCAUUUUCACUUGGGCUGGCUCUGCGUUUUUUGCAUAUCAGCGUUUCCGUCAAGGUGCUGGUAGUGCAUUUGCAACAAAUUAUGAAAACGAAUCAGGUAUGGCUACUUCGUAUCCAUCUUAUCCUGGUGGUCCGGAUUCGGAACAACCCUAUCAAGAACCACCCUUCUCGACUGGACCUAUUCCUAGAGGUCCGUCAGAUUUCCAAGCCCCGACUUAUUAAAACCAGUUGUGGACGAUGACUCUUCAACUAGAGAAUUUUCAACAGUAAUUCUGAUUCGUCAAGAAAUCCAGGAUGAUUUUACAUCCGCAACGUUAACAGUCAUUAUUGUACUUAGGAAGCAAGUAUUAAUAAAACUCAAUAUUAUUGGUUUCGUGUACAAAAUAGUGGAUAGACUGGUUGUUACAUUUUGAUGUAAUCGAUGUAUGUAAUUUACUUCAUUUGGAAUCGUGACACUAACGGAAACUUUGGUAAAAAUUGGUUGUUUAUACUUACUAACCUUUAAACGCCAUUCCAUUUUAUAAAAUUAUUUGUGACUAAAUUUUUUUUCUUUACGUCCACUUGUUUAUAAUUUAAUCUAUAGUUCCAGAUGCUUCUUUCAAUUUCCUUCCCCUACAUUUUCUAAAAAUAUUGGUACCCAGUUCCAUGACCCAUUUUAGACCAUCGAAAUGACUUUAUGAGUUGAGUCAUAUUGUAAAUCUUCAUCUACAUAUUUGUUUUCUGGUUUAAUUAUGAUUCCAUCUUAAUGUUUUGAUUGUUAUUUCAAACAGUUUAUAUGUAAACGUUGCUUUCAAAUCAAAUUUCAAAUAUUUCACCACCAAUGAUGGUAAAAUGACAAGCAAGAUGCCAUAUACAAUUUUGAAAAUAAUGGAUUGAUAAAGAUGGGAUCCACGCAUACCGAUAUGUGUUUUUGCAUGUGUAGGUUUUCAUUAUAAAAAGUGCUGCAUGAUAAUUAUUUGAAGUAAGCUAUAUACGUUUGAAGUUUCAUUAUGACCAAUAUGUCUGCUUUGCUAGUCACUUAUAUCACCGGAUGUUAUUUUUAAAAGAUUGUGAUUACCUAUGAGGCUAGUUUUAUAAACAGAAGAGGAAAUUUGAAAACUAUCGAAAAUAAAAUAACAAUAUUAACAAAGUCUAUCUAUUGAAUUUAUUAUUUCAGUUGCCAAAAUAUUUUGUCGAUUAAAAUGCUUUCUGAUAAAUUGAAAUUAAUCUUUAUUCUAGUCAAAAGUCACAUUUUCUUAUUCACACAACUUAACCUCACAUUUUAUUCAUUAGAGGAAAUAACACUUGACAUAUGUCAAACAGUAAAGAACAAACUUAUUUUUUUAUAGAUUUCGUUUAAAAUAUUGUUAAUCUUUGAUUGGGAUUGAUAAAAAAUUUCAUUAUAUUAUAACUAAUGCAUUUUCGAUAAGUUUUCAAAUUUUCCUUCGAUACCUACCGGUUUUUCCUUCUACUUUAUUGUAAAAUAAUGUAGUGAUUAAAAAAAUGUUGAAUAUAAAUAUAUAAAUAAAUGUUGAAAUAAUUAUUUUAGUAAACAGUUCAAUGUACAGUCGAUAUUACAUUAAAUAUUAUUGUAUCUAUGUGUGAGAAUAUCAGGCUUUCGUAGAAAAUUUUUAUAAUUUGUUGUAUCCUUGUGGUGGCCAUUUAUAACGUAUGUAGUUGCUAGAAACAUUUUUUUUAUUUUCACAUUUAGCAUUAUAAAAAUUUUUUAUCUCAUACAUUGGAGAUUAUUAAUUAAGAAAAACAUACCAAGCAUUAACAAAAAAAAAUGAAAUUGCGCAACCAAUUUUUCAAAUAUUGCUACCGUAAAGUCGGGUGACUUACUUUGAGAUUUUUACGUACCAUAUUUUAUUAAAAUAAAUUCAAAUACCUUUAGUAGAUGUUCUAGGCCGGUUCUAGAACGAAAGUGACUUAUACGGACAUAUCGUCACGUCUAACCGCAGAAAGUAACGGCAACGUAUGAUUGAAAAGACGUAUCGUGGGGUGAAAAAGUAAUGAAUCCACCUUUAUACAUCUGUUUAUCCAAAAAAAUUGGAUAUAACCGAAUCAAAUUGGACAGAGGUGGUUUCAGAAUAAUUGUUACCUGCUUUGGGGCAUUUAGAAACACCUUAUUCAUUAUAAUCAUCAUUUAUUAUCUUAGAACAUAGUGAAUAUAUUACUCUCAAAUUCUUACAUACAAAAA